AUGGCUUCCAGAUCAGAGGAAGAUCUCUGCUGUCCGAUCUGCACUGCCGUCUUUAAAGAUCCUGUCAUCCUGUCAUGUACGCACAGCUUCUGUAAAGACUGUCUGCAGAGGUGGUGGACAGAUAGACCAAUCAGAGACUGUCCAUUUUGUAAGAGAAGGUCUUCAAAGGAUGAACCACCGUUAAACCGGGCGUUAAAGAACCUGUGUGAGAGUUUCUUAGAGGAGAGAGAUCAGAGAGUGUCAGAGGCUCUCUGCAGUCUGCACUCUGAGAAACUCAAACUCUUCUGUCUGGACCAUCAACAGCCAGUUUGUGUCGUCUGCAGAGAUUCAGAAAAACACUCCAACCACAGAUUCAGACCCAUCAAUGAAGCUGCCCGACAACACAAGAAGAAACUUCAGGAAACUCUGGAGCCUGUAAAGGAGAAGUUAGAGUUUUUUGAACAAGUUAAAGUGGAGUUUGAUCAAAUAGCAGAACACAUGAAGGUUCAGGCCCGAAGCACAGAGAUGCAGAUUAAGGAGCAGUUUAAGAAGCUUCACGAGUUUCUAGAAGAGGAAGAGGUGGCCAGGUUGGCUGCACUCUGGGAGGAAGAGGAGCAGAAGAGUCAGAGGAUGAAGGAGAAGAUGGAGGCUCUGAGCAGAGAGAUAGCAGCUCUUUCAGACACAGUCAGAGUCACAGAGGAUCAGCUGAGAGCUGAAGACGUCUCAUUCCUGAUCAACUACAAGGCUGCAGUGGGAAGAGUCCAGCAGAGCCCCCUGCUGGAUGAUCCACAGCUGCUCUCAGGAGCUCUGAUAGACGAGGCCAAACACCUGGGCAACCUGAGCUUCAACAUCUGGAACAAGAUGAAGGACAUGGUCUCCUACUCUCCUCUGGUUCUGGACCCAAACACUGCUUAUCCAACCCUCAUCCUGUCUGAAGAUCUGACCAGUGUGAGACAAGGAGGAGAGAGACAGCAGCUUCCUGAUAAUCCAGAGAGGAUUGAUACAUACGACUCUGUCCUGGGCUCUGAUGGCUUUAACUCAGGGGCUCAUAGCUGGGAUGUCGAGGUUGGAGACAGUACAGGCUGGGCACUGGGUGUGUUAGGAGAGUCUGUCCAGAGGAAGGGAGACAUAGAGUCUGGAUUUUGUUGCAUAGGGUUCAAUGAAGGUAAAUACAUAUCAUGGUCACCACCAGGUCCAAUCACUGAUCUUAAAGUGCAGAAGAAGCUCCAGAGGAUCAGAGUGACUCUGGACUGGAACAGAGGAAAUCUGUUGUUCUCUGAUCUUGAUACUAACACACACAUACACACCUUCACACACACUUUCACUGAGAGGAUGUUUCCAUACAUUGACAAUGAGGAUAAAGUCCCAGUGAAAAUAUUACCAUUGCAAGUCUGUGUGACUGUACAACAGGAAUAA